AUGGUACUUUCUUGUUGCAUUGGGGCUAUGAUGAACGAAAUCAGCAAGGCUGUACUGCAUAGCUACAAGCGCCCGAAGGGAAACUUGCACUUGCCCAAGAAACCAAACAACUGCUUCAAGGAGCUAUUUGUACCACCAACAAAACCUUCUUCAUCCACCACUAUUGGGCCGAUCUUUUGUUGUAGUACUUGUGCCGGUAGCAAAAAGAUCUCCGCUUUGUUUGGCAUCAAGAUAUCAAGAUUCGAUACGGUAUUGGCUCGACGUGUUUUUUGGGAGGGCAGAAGGAAAGAAGGUUUUCUUCAGGUUGCCUGCCACUUGCCGUUCGCGAGCCAAGAUCUACUCUUCAACUAA